GGAGUGUUUAUAUUGCGAGCCCUCAGCGAAUCGCGGUUAUUUAAGCGCCUGUGACUUUUCCGUUUGAUUGAAAAUGUUACAGAUACGUCAAAGAAACUAUGAAAGUUUAAAUAAAAAAUAAAAAAAACACGAACGGUGGAGGCGGAGGCGGAGGCUUAGCGUUGUAACACACGCCUAUACUGUAUCCUGUUAUUACGGAGUGCUGGUAUUCAUUCAACAGUCAUUGAAACUUUUUUGUAGAAACAAGAAUAGUUUUUUUUUUUUUUUUUUUUUUUUCCCUCUGCUAUUUACUUAACUGAGAGGUCAUUAUGGAUGAACAGAGGAAAACGGGAGGCCUAAAUCCACCUGCUGCAUUUGGUGCCCCAUCUAGGGCAGCGACUCCAGUUCGGAAUGAGCUGGUGCCUCCCUCUCACUUUGCACAAAGGCCCCCUAGCGCUUCCUCUGCCACCCCCAGCACCCUCCACCCGUGGAGGCCCCUGGGUACGGACUCACCUCUUGCCCCUCAGGUGCCUGAUCCUUGGGCAGCACUGGCACAAACCACCCAGGACAUUCUUGAGCUGCGUACAGAGAACCUGAGGCUGAAGCUGCAAGGCGAGGAGAUGUGCCGGGGGCGAGCAGGAGGAAGUGACCAGGAGGAGGGCAAUGUUAGAACUAGGUCCCUUGACAGGGAAGGAGAUGUUGCCAGGCUCACUCGGUCCUCAGCUCACCAGAGCCGGGAGAGGGCGAGGCUGUGUGGAGAGGUGGAGGCUUUGAGAGAUGCAGCAAGGAGGCUGGUCGAGGAUGUUCGUGAGAGAGAUGAUGCCCUUUGCAGACAGAGAUCCCAGCUGGAGGAGCUGCGUGUGGAGCUGAGCCGAGCGAGGCUGGAGCAGGACAGGCAGCGUGCGCAGGAGGAGAGGCUGAAGAACCAGCAGCAGGCUGAACUGGAGAGGCUGAUCCGAGAGAGAGACCAGGCCUGGGCUGAACUGGAACGGAGCAGGCAGGAACAGAACGUGCUGCGCACACAGGAAGAUCGACUGAAGACUCAGAGGGAGGCUAAGCUGGAGAGGAGAGUCCAGGAGGCAGAGCAAGCCUUGGCUGAGCUCGAGGCUGCUGCCCAGAGUCACCGGGCAGAGGCAGAGAGGGCAAUAGAGCAGGAGCGGCGCAGAGGUGUGGAGGCCGAGGAGGCCUGGAAGAGAGAGGGAGCGAGGCUACAAGAACAGCUGCAGGAGACCCAGAGGCAGUGGCAGGCAGAGCUUCAGUCUGUCUCAGAUACCCAUGCCUCAGAACUGGCAGCACUAAAGCAGAACAGCACCACACUGCAGGAAGAGCUGAGUGCAGCCAAGCAGGAAUCUGACCGCCUGAGAGAACAGCUUCAACUGGCCAAUGAGGAGCUGAGCCAGACCAACUCAGCCCUGAUUUCCCAGAAUGGCAUGGUGCAGAGCCUGAGGAUAUACAUUGGGGAGCUGGUGCCGGAGCAGAGAGAGAGGUGUCAGGAAGAAAAGGAGAAGGAGGAGCUCUGCAAGUCUGUGAAGCGUUUGGAGAGUGAGAAGGAGGCUCUCAGAGUAACAGCUGAGCUGCUGAGCGUGAGGCUAAACUCCCUGAGCGACAUCCUCGCUAUCCAGGAGGGCGAGAUCAGCAAUAAGUUGCUGCUGGACCCCCUGGAUGAAGCUGGUUCGAAGGGCCGGGCAUUGCUGACACACUGGAGGCAGAAAGUGUUUUUGCUGCUAGUGCAGCUGCGCUCAAGGGAGAUAGAGGACAGCAAGCAGGGGAACCAACUUCGCAACCAGAUCUGUGAGCUUGAGGAAGAGGUGAGGGUGAAGGGUCAGCAGCACAGUGUGCUUCUCCACAGCCUACAGGACAAGGCAGCUGAGCUCAAGAUGGAGAGAGUUAGGAGUGAGGCUUUUGACAAGGAGCUGACUCUAGUUCAAGGCCAGGCUCUGCACUUGGAGCACCGAGCCGAGGAGGCAGAGAAUGCACUGGUUCAGCUGAAGGACAGCGUGCACAGGUUCUGGCAGGUUUUUGAGCAGAGGGUGUCUGAGAUGCGUUCCUCCGAGUGCCGCUUGCUAAGUCUGGGUCAGAGAGUCGCUUUUGCCAGCAGGAGGAUAGACACGAUUCAAGGGUUAUUGCUGCGGAAGGAAGCCUUGAUGCGCCUGCAGCGGGACACAAACAGACCGACCACACCUGAGUCAGGAAGGCCUACCUCUGAGGAUCUGCAAAGAGAGCUGCAGUUAGUGAACGAAGAGAGAGAACGACUGGCUUCAGAACUGAAGCGCACCCCCCAGCUCAUUGAGAGAACACUUUCUGAGGCCAGAGGACAGUUCCAAACGGCGCUGAAGGAGCUGCAGCAUGCUCUGAAAGAGAGCAGCGAGACUGAGCAGAGGCUGAGGGAGCAGCUUAUCCUGGCUGAGGAAGGGAGUCAGGAAGCAGAGAGGAGGCUGAGUGAGCUGCAUGGGCAGCUGCAGGAGAAUGCAGAGAUCAUCCAGGUGCUGCGGACAGACCUGGCUAAGCAACAGGACCAGUACCAGAGAGCCCUGCAGGAGAAGGUGUCCGAAGCAGAGUCUGUCUUGCACCAGGAGCUCCGAGAGAUGGAGAGCCGGCUGAACACAGCCAGGAGGGAGCACACCAAGGCAGUGGUGGCUCUGCGGCAGCUGGAACGGCAGGCGAGCAGAGAGAGAGAGCGUGCACAGGAGGCUCAGAGACUGCUGGAGGAGCAGAAAGACAGAGAGGCACAGGAAUUACAGAGACGGCUACGGGACACAGAGAGGGACAAAAACCUGCUCAUGGCUACAGUGCGGCAAGAGGGCCUGCUGAAUCAGUACAAGAAGAACAGAUCUGCAGCCCUCCAGUCUUCUGCAGCCCUUACUGAUGAGGGGGAGCUGGCCAGACCUUUAGGCAAGCUCCAGGCUCCAAGGCCUAACACCAAACCUUUAUCUAAAGAAUCUCUCAGUUCUGUUCUGGAUCACCUCCAGGCUCUGAGUGAAUCUGUCGUCGGGGACGAAGACUCUUCCAGCGAGGAGGAGGAGGAGGAGGAGAGGAAAAAGAGCGAUUGAAUCCUAAUAUUAUUAUUAUUAUUAUUUUUUUUAAAUCUUAAAAGAAAGGUGUGAUACCAAACUUAUUUUUUAAGCCUUGUUUACACACAAGAUUCUGUGCUAUGCCACCCAAGUAAACAUAGAAAUAAAGAAGU